UUUUUUUUUUUUUAAUUGAUACAUCAUUAUGCUUCGUUCAGUGUCCUCUCGUUUGUUGGCUAAUGUGAACAAGCCUACCAUUGGAUUCAAGGCUACUCGCUCUUUGUCCACUACCGCUCCUACUAUGAUGGCUUCUACUACUGAUGACUCUGAAAAGAUUCGUAUCACUUUACCUUCCACCUCUUUUGAAAUGUACGAUGCCGAAGCUCCUAGCUUGGAAAUGGAUAUCACCAAGUCUGAAUUGAUCGAUAUGUAUACCAAGAUGACUGUCAUGCGUCGUAUGGAAAUGGCUGCUGAUGGUCUUUACAAGGCCAAGAAGAUUCGUGGUUUCUGUCACUUGUGUAAUGGUCAAGAAGCUGUAUCUGUUGGUAUGGAAUCUGCUAUUACUCAUGAUGAUCAUGUUAUUACUGCUUAUCGUUGUCACGGAUUUACCUAUGUUCGUGGUGGAAGUGUCAAGAGCAUUUUGGGUGAAUUGAUGGGUCGUGAAGCCGGUAUUUCCAAGGGUAAAGGUGGAUCCAUGCACAUGUUCGCUCCUCAGUUCUAUGGUGGUAAUGGUAUUGUUGGUGCUCAAGUACCUCUUGGCGCUGGUAUUGCUUUUGCUCAAAAAUACAAUGAUAUUCCUUCAGUGACUUUUGCUCUCUACGGUGAUGGUGCAUCCAAUCAAGGUCAAGUAUUUGAAGCUUUCAACAUGGCCAAGCUUUGGGAUUUACCUUGUGUGUUCGUGUGUGAAAACAACAAGUAUGGUAUGGGUACUUCUGCCAACCGUUCUUCUGCCUCCACUGAAUACUUCAAGCGUGCUGGUUAUAUUCCUGGUAUCAAGGUGAACGGUAUGGAUUCAUUGGCUAUCAAGCGUGCUUGUGAAUGGGCUAAGGAAUGGACUUCUUCUGGCAAGGGCCCUCUUGUCAUGGAAUUGGCCACUUAUCGUUAUGGUGGUCACUCUAUGUCUGACCCUGGAACCACUUACCGUACCCGUGAAGAAAUCCAACAUAUGCGUUCCACCUCGGAUCCUAUCACUGGUUUGAAGCAACUCAUCAUUGAACACAACGUCGCCUCUGAAGCCGAUCUCAAGGCCAUUGAUAAGGAUGCUCGUAAGGAAGUCGAUCAAGCUCUCAAGGAAGCCGAAGCCUCUCCUGAACCUUCUAUUAAGGAAUUCCAUACUGAUAUCUACCAACCUGGCACUGAACCCUCUGUUGUCCGUGGACGUGAACCCAAGGAACUCUACUAUUAUUAAUUUUUUUAUUUUAUCCAAUUUUUUUUUUAUACAUACAACAACUCCAUAUAGUCUAUUAUCAUCUUUUCCUUUCUCUCUUUUUCAUUGUUCCUUUUCUUUUAUAUACAAUAAAUACAAACUUUUUGAUCUUUU